AUGCUGCUCUCUCCCUUCCGCUCACUUAUUCCCCUGCCUCGGGGUAUAUCUGAGCGCUUUUUGUCCCGCUCUCUCUCGCGUUCUUUUUCCUCGCUACCAUCAUCCGUCAAAUCAGGAGGAGCAACAACGCCAGCAGCAGAGCACCAUGAUUCCGAGCCGAAGGGACUGUAUAAUAUGCCACAGGACCAUGCGCACCACGGGGACCCCCGCAAGUUCUUGAACCCCGACGGAACGUAUACGUAUCCUGCUACCCCCCAUGCGUUUCAUUUUGAAGACACCUAUACGAAUGUCCCGAAACAACAUAUAGUGUCAGUCAACGGAAAGAAGAUGAUAAAGGGCAUUGAGCCACGGCCUCUCGUUGAGCUAUUCAGCAUUCACCAGGUACAGUUUUAUGCCAUUCUUCCCAAGAAAGCGAAUGAACGUUUACGGCAACCACGACCUUUUGAUGAAGGCGGAAUUCCUUUUUUUCUGGACCCCGACUUUCAUCAUCUGGUCACUCACGAGUGA